AUAGCCAUUAUCUAAACAUCCCAGACAUGCAAUUCAAAAUCAAUCAGGAUUUCGCUAAAAAUUAUAACCGAUAUCGUCAAAAGGAGGAAUACGAGAAACUAAAGGCUAAACACGGUGAUGCUAAACUGAAGGAUAUUAAACUAUCCAAGUUAUCUGAUACUAAUUUCAAAGUAGACGAAAAUGUAACCGUUGCUUCAGUUUCAGAUAAUGAUGAUGAAUCUACUUCAAGUUCCUCAGACACUGAUGAUAGUUGGGAAGAAAAACAACAAGAUGAUUUUUUGACUCUAUAUCAAGCAUUGUGUACAAAUGAUCCAUCUCUUAAUGAUCCUAAUAAACAAUGGUUUCGUGAACCUAGUGAAUCGGAUGAUGAAAGUUCAAAGUCCUCAGAUGAAAUUUCCGAGUCAGAAAUUAAUAAAAAUAACAACAAACAAAUGCAAAUAGAUGCCAAGACAGAAAAGAAACGUGUUUUGAAACUUCGGGAUUAUGAACGCGAAUUUCUUUUGGCUCAAGAUGGAUUAGAGGAUGAAAGUGUUUCAAAGGAGGCGCAGAAGAUUGCUCAGAUGGAAAGUGAUGAUGUUUUGAGAAAAAUGAAAACACAGUCGAUAGAUUUGUCAAAGGAACAAUUUAUACAAGAGGCCAAUGAAGCGCUUAAUCAGGCGGCUGUAAUUUCAGGUGAAAUGAAGGACAAUAGGACCAGUGAGAGUAAUAAUGAUGACUUAAAUUUUUUACGGAAGCGCAAAAGUGAAAUAGAACCACCUACUCCAAACAGAAAAAAGCGUAAAUCCCAUUAUGAUUUAGAUAAAAUAGUUUUUACUGAUUCAACUAACAAAGAAGCUGAAGAGUUUUUACGUGAUUAUAUUAUAAAUAAACGUUGGAUUGAACCUAAUUCACAACGAAGUAAUAAAAUUCCAACUUAUUCUGAUGUUCUACACGAAUCCGGCUUAGAUAUAAAUGGGGAUAAACGGAAAAAUCUUUUAAAUGAUGAUGAUAUUCUUGAUGAAGACGAUGAAUUCCUUGUUAAAUUAAAUAACUUAGAACAGGGACGUUUACACUCUUUAGGUGUUAAUACGGGUGUUACAAAACUACAUAAAACUGAGCAUCGUUUUGAAGAAGAAGAUAAAGAAUUUAUAAAAUCCUACCCUCGAAUUAUAGAAAAUAGUAUUGGUCAAACACUCUGCGUUAAAUCGAAACGAGCUGAACGAAGACAAGCUAAGAUUGAACGUAAGAGAAAAGAAAAACAAGCUAAACUUCAAGAAUUAACUCGCCUACGGAAUCUAAAAUUAAGUAUGCUAGCUGAAAAAAUUGAAAGAAUUAAACGUACUUGUGGUCCAGGAUCAUUAUUACUUGAUGCUAAUGAACUGAUUGAAUCACAGACUAAAGAAUAUGAUAGUAAUGAUAAUAAUAAAUUAAAAAAUUCGACCAAGGUAGAUGUCCUAGAUGUUGCUGAAUAUUUAGAUGAAGAUUGGGAUCCUGAAAAGCAUGAAAAGUUGUUGGACUCAAUGUUUGGAAAACAUUAUGAAGAAAUAGAUGAAGAGAUAAAAAAGCCAGAGUUUUCGGAUGAUAGUGAUCUAGAAGUGGAGCCUUCUAUAGAUGACGGGCACGAUUCACACAUGAAACAACAUGAACCAGAAACAUGUAUUAAUAAUGAUUCUGGAGACAAUGUACCACUAAAACACUCGAGCAAUUUGAAUUCUAACUACAAACUAUCUACUGCAAAUAAUAAUAAGUCAAUGCGUGGAAAACGGAGACUUUAUGAAGCAUUAGAGAGAAGUAAACCAAUUUUCAAUCCUGAUGAUUAUCCAGACUAUGAGAAAUAUUUUGAAGAAUUUUAUCAGUUACAUUGUGAAGAUAUUAUACCCGGUCCUACUUCCAAUGAAGACGUUUACUGUCGUUUCAAAUAUCGUAAUGUUAUGCCAAAUGAUUUUGGCUUAAGUACAGAAGAAAUACUAAAAGCUGAUCCUAAAGAAUUGAAUGCAUGGGUAUCAUUAAAACGUAUCACAGCUUAUUUGUAAGUGUUGUUUAUUGUUACUUGUAUGUAAUAUUCUUACAAAUUCAUUUUAUCUAUCUAGAAAAUAAAAUUACUUAGUUCGAAAAUAGGGAAAAAUAAUUGUUUUAAUCCACUUCCUUUACUUAUUUGUUACUUCAGGAGAAUGGAAAAUGGUGUCGAACUGAAAUUUCAGAAUUGCAUCAUCAUCUGUAGCCUUUAAAACCUGACUUUUUUAGAAUCGUCAUUACUCUUCGAUUACUCUAUACACUACUUGAGAUGAGCGGUUCAUUUACAAAAUGUUGUCACAUGAAGAAGAAAUGAAAGACCAAGAACUAUAUAGUUCUAAUUAUCAAAUGAAACGUAAAAUGAGUGUUUUAGGUUCAUUAAAUAAUCCAAACGCUACUUGGUAUCCUAAUGAAAAUCAAGAUAUUGAAAGUAGUGGGUCAUCGAAAAAAAAGCGCAGACGUCAUAAAAAGAAAAAACGAUUCUGUUCAGAGGCUCAAGCAGUCAAACUCAGUGAUAAUGACAACAAUAAUAGCAACAAUGUUAAUCCAAUAGAACAAAAUGAAAACUAUACCGAAAAUUCAGAAAAACGGGUGAAAUUAGGAAAAACGAAAAAGAAGUAUGUUAAAGACGCAAACAAAUUAGACACAAAGAAUAUCUUUAAGUCUCGUCUUCAGGCGGCUGGUAUAACCUUGAAAGAAUAUCAUCGUACAAUGCGGCGAGAAAACAAUUGUAAAUCUGAAUGCGUCAAUAAAUAGAAUAUCUCUUGGUUUGAAAAUGGUUAUCUUCAACUUAACCAAUUUUGUAUUCCAUGGCCUUAAAUGGGAAUCUAUGUAUGCGUCGUACUUCGUUGUUGCGAAGUUGAAACAUUCUAUAACUGAUAUACUUCGCAAUAAUACAGUCAAAAAAGUAGAACUGUAGGUUAAUAUAAACGAGAACAGAGAGUUUAUGAAUAUAAUAUCGUCACGACGAUAUCAG